AUCGACUAAAUUUUUGAAUAACAACGUUUCAUCGUAAAGCUGUUAUUUACAAAUAUUUGGUACUUCAUUUACUACAAAAAUGAAUUCUUUGGUAGCCAAAUCAGAACUUCAUGUAGAAACCAAAAAGCAAUCAAUAGCUAGUGGUCAGCCAUUUGAUCCUAUGGAUUAUCCGUACGUAGUUGGCCUGAGAAUACAAACAAGUAUUGGUUCAUCGAGUAUUUGCACUGGUUCGCUAGUAUCGUCUGUAUUUGUACUGACAGCUGCCCACUGUCUUCACAAAAAAAAACCUUAUAAUAUUAGAGUAUACCACGGAAGUCCCGUUUCACGUCAAAUUCCAUAUCGUUCUGUUCACACAAUAUAUAAUCAUAGAGCUUAUAACGAGCUUACAAUGCAUGCAGAUAUCAGUCUUGUCCGAAUAUCUAAGCCGUUCGAAAAUGUUCAUCGGUUCAUAAAACUUUCCGGACAUCCGGCGGAAUUUCUUAACGACACGAAACUGAAAUGCGACGUGUUGGGAUUUGGGCAGACGCAGAACGGCGAGACGGGCAGCGUGGGGUACAUAACCAAAGUUGUGGUAAAGUAUGGUCCAAAAGCAUGUAAACAUUCUGAAUACUACGAUAUACCCUUGACGUGGCCGGAAUACUUGUGUUCGAUUCCUGACGAGUCAAUGAUAUGCCCAGGAGACAGUGGGGGUCCGAUGAUCUGCAAAGGAUAUCUGUAUGGCAUAGCCAGCCACGGAUUUAAUUAUGAACUGCCAGAUGGAGUAAUUGAAUGCGGUAGUUCUUCCGUGCAGACUAGACAUUUGUUUGUCUAUAAUUACCGCGACUGGGUUUACAAAACGGUUAUCAACAAAUCUUCAACGAUAUUGAAAUCGACUGGACAAUUAAGUGUGUUUAUGCUGUGUGUACAUUUUGUAAUUUAAAGAAGUGAAUUGCUUACACGAAAAUACGUUAUUUAGAAACAGUACAUUAUGAUAUAACAUUUCCAACUUGAGAAUCCUUAAUCGCAAAAUUAUUUUUAGACGCCAACAAAAAAUCACUAAUAAAAAUUAAUUAACCAUCAAUAACACUCGAUUAUUUUUACUAAGUCUUUAUAAAACCACAAAUGAAUCUUAUGGUUCU